CGUGACUCUACAGGAAGUGAUUUCUCCUUGGGUAUCUGUUAGGCUGUCAUAAGACAUUUUGCACCGUUUCUGUGAUUGUUUUGUUUUACUUCUCUUUCUCCGUUUAACUCGUGGAUGUAUGCUUUGACUGGCCCUUUCUGUUUCCUAGCUGUGACGUAUUUGCGACUGUCUGCGCAUGAGCAGCACCUGUUAGCUGCGGCUGCUCUGAUGUUCAGCUGUCACUGGAAACAUGAACAUGUUUGUGACAAAAUUAGACCACAAAUGGAUUAGUUUAACCUUGGGUCAACCUUGGAUAACAGCUAUGGCAGCUUCCAAGGUCCAGUUCUCCACACUUCCUCCUGAACCUGUCAUCCCCUCUAAGAAGCCUUUCAGAGUGGAGCUGGUUGGUGGAAAGCGUUACUCAUGGUGCACCUGUGGACACAGUAAGAAACAGCCAUUCUGUGACGGAGCCCACAAAACCAAAGCACAAGGCCUGUCGCCGCUACGCUUUGUCCCAGAGAAAGACUCCACAGUCUGGUUGUGUGGUUGCAAGUACACAAAUAACCCACCUUACUGUGACGGCACGCACAAGCAGGACUUCAUCAUGUCUGCCCCACUGCAUGAACAGACCGACUCUUGAUGGACGGCAGAGAUGUCUUUGAACUGAGCAUUUAUGUCGUUUAUUAUUGCUUUCACAUUUUUACACAUCAAUGCAUUUCAUAAAUUCAGCACGUCAACUGAUCAGUCAUGAAUCCACAAUGAUUGAAUCUUGUGUCUUAUCAGCAUUUCAGUUAUAUCAGUAUUUCAGUGCUUGUCAGAGAAGAGAGCAGUGUUGAAAAGGUUAACAGUCAGCUUGUGUCUGCUUUCUGUCUUUUCGAUGUGAGAGCCAAUGUUGCAUUUCCAACAGGAUGUGAUGUGAUCAUAUACUCUGAUAUAAGGGAGUGGAGAUUGUUUAAGGCCACUGUUACAAAUAACCUGGAAGUAUUCACAAAAAGAUGGGAUGUAUUAGUAUUAUGGUGACAAUUUAAAGAAUUAUUUUACAGGCAACUGUCUGUGUUUAUGUAAAGCACUUUGCAUUACCUUGUGUUUAAUUGUGCUAUACAAAUAAACUUGCCUUGCCUUGUGUGGACAUGAGAGCAAUGUGCAAUCUCAUGCUAUAGAGCCGAUUUGAUUCUCCCAAAAGUCACUCCUACCCUCUUCUCUCUAUAAAUGACAAAGUUCUACACCUUUUCCUAAGUCAGAUUCAUGCACUUUUUAAGGAUUUUCCUGCUUUUCCAGCACCUUACAGCUGUGGUAAAUUGCAUAUUUAUAUAUUGUACAGUACACUGAUUAUUUCACUUGUUUAUUGCAUUAAAUCAGAUGUUAUUGUGCAAUAAACAACAAAAAUUGUGCAUUUUGACAGGAUCCUUUAUAAUCUGAAUUUCAAGCAAUUUCAAGUAUUUUAUUAAAUAUCUAAGUACUUUUCAAACCCUGAAAAUGAACACAUUGAAAUUCAAGCAUUUUCAAAACAGAUUUACAACUUGUAGGAACCCUGAAAAUGUCCUUUUUAAUGAAUUAUGUCGAGAUGUAUUUAUAUGUUUUUUGUUUAAUUAAUUUAAGAAACAAACUAAAUGAGUUAUAAUGAUUCCAUCAAAUCAAAACAAACUGAAAAGCAGAUUGACUUGGCUGUAAAAUGUGUUGAGAGAACAGGUAGAGUUAAGACUGAACCUUUUUUCUUCUUUUUUUCACAACAUUCAUAUUUGAAGCGUUUUCUGGUGUCAUUACUUCAACUUUGUGUUCUGUCAUGUUCCUCUGGUAGUCUACUACGAGCUAACAGGUUUGGCUGUUAUUUAGCUGUGUAAAAGCUCCAUAUCAGUCCUCUGUAAAAAAUAAUAAUAAUAAUAAUAAAUAGACAGCAUGUGUCGCACUGGAAACUUGUCAUUAGAAUUAUAAAUCCCAUUAUACAUAUGUAGUGAUAGCUUCCUUAAUUUCGCCAAAAAAUACACUUGAUACUUUUUUAUUAAAUGUCAUCAGUCUUCACUACAUAUAUUAUACUGUAUGUGUCAGACACGGAGUAAACUGAAACUUGACUGGUUGGCACAGGCAUACAACCACAAGGCGGUAAUUCUAGUUUCAGACUUUCCUCAAAUCUUAGCUUUCAGAGUGUACAUCUCUGAACUGGGCUCAUGAGUAGAUAUGGUGUGGCCAAAAUGGGUCACAUGCCAAACUGGUUGGGAACCAGUGAUGUGUCAUGGCGUGUCAAGGCUCUUUAAUGUAAUAAU